AUGUUUCGUAACAAGUAUCAACACGGGCUUAUGUCCAUUUUGUACAGCUGUGGAUCGUCACCGCUCGAAUUAUGGGAUAUGCAUGUGAAGAAUGGUUAUAUUCGAAGAGUAACGGACGAUGAGGUGAAGUCUUUAGCUUUGGAAUUAGCCGGAACCAAUGUCACAACAACUUACAUCUACUGUCCUCGUGGCAACAGGAAAGCUUCCCUCGGCAUUAAACUUCCGUUUUUAAUCAUGAUUAUCAAGAAUAUGAAGAAGUACUUCACGUUCGAAAUAACAAUACUCGAUGACAAAGAUAUGCACAGAAGAUUUCGAAUGAGCAAUUUUCAAAGCACCACUCGGGUUCGACCAUUUUGCACGUCGAUGCCGAUCGGUUUAUCUGGCGGUUGGAAUCAAAUUCAAUUUAAUCUGUCAGAUUUCACGCGGAGAGCGUAUGGCACAAAUUAUAUGGAAACUACGCGAGUACAGAUCCACGCAAAUUGUAGGAUUCGACGUAUUUAUUUUGCGGACAGAUUAUAUUCCGAAGAUGAAUUGCCAGAAGAUUUUAAACUCUUCCUGCCAAUUCAUCGAAAGAAAUGCAUUCGAGAAAGGGAUGUGAAGGAAAUAGAAAAGAAAAAACCACCGGAAGAAAUCGAAAUUGAAGAGCCACCACCUUUCGAAGGCGUACCAGAAGAGGAACGAGAAGAGGAAGAGGAGCCUGAAGAGUUACCAGAAGAAUUAGUAGAAGAGAUACCCCCAGAAAUAGAACCAAGAGAAAUAAGAGAGGAGGAUGAAGAAGAGGAGGAAGCUGUAGAACCUGAAUUUGAAGCCGAAGAAGUUGAGGAAAUUGAAGCUGAAAUAAUUCCUACUGCAUACGUUACUGAAGAAGAAACUGAGGUGGAAGAGCCAGGCGAUGAAGAAGAAUAUGCAAUUCCAUAGUGAAUAGUUCUGAUUUUAUGUAAAUAUAAUGAAUAAAACGUCUAUUUUCGUGUGAUUUAAAGUAGUAUCUGAAUAAAAUUGAUUGUAAAUAAGUUGAAAUU